CGCGCGCGCUGGCCUGGAGGCCGACUUGGAAGCCCAUCUGGAGGCCGACCUGGCCCGGCAGGCAUUGCGCGGGCAACAUGGCGGCGCCCGGCGAGCGGGGGAGUUUCGGCGGUGGGAACCUAUUCUCCUUCCUACCCGGCGGCGCGCGCUCCGAGGUGAUGGACGACCUGGUGACGGACGCGCGCGGCCGGGGCGCGGGGCGGAGAGAUUCCGCCUCUUCGGCCCGGACGCCAUCCCAGGCGCCGGCCUCCGAUUCUCAGGUCGCCGAGGACGCCUCCCGGAGGCUGCCCUGCCGGGCCUGCGUGGACUUCAAGUCGUGGAUGCGGACACAGCAGAAGCGGGACAGCAAGUUUAGGGAAGAUUGUCCUCCGGAUCGCGAGGAACUGGGCCGCCACAGCUGGUCUGUCCUCCAUACCCUGGCGGCCUACUAUCCCGACCUGCCCACCCCAGAACAGCAGCAAGAUAUGGCUCAGUUCAUACAUUUAUUUUCCAAGUUUUACCCGUGUGAGGAGUGUGCUGAAGACAUAAGGAAAAGGAUAUGCAGGAACCAGCCAGACACUCGCACUCGGGCCUGCUUCACCCAGUGGCUAUGCCGCCUGCACAACGAGGUGAACCGCAAGCUAGGCAAGCCGGACUUCAACUGCUCGCUGGUGGACGAGCGUUGGCGCGACGGCUGGAAGGACGGCUCCUGUGACUAGAGGGCAGCCAGAGCCUGUAGGCGGCCUGGCCAGAGAGGGUGGGGCUUAUUAAAGUGCGUGUCAGAGCCAAAGCCUGCCUUGUCUCAGUUGGGUGGUCCCCAGACGCUACCCGUGGAGCCCUUUCCCUCUCAGGUUCUGAGUGUAAGUGGGGGUACCCGUUGCAGGCACCCUGAUGGCCUCCUCCUCAACCCGCGCCCCGUGGUGCUGCAGGUGAAGGAGGCAGGAGCAGCCUAGGCUGUCCCUUCCUUAGGAUUUGGCCUCCUGCCCACUUGACACCCUGCUGCUACUUCCCCGCACAGGAAGGUGACAGGCCUGGCUGGGCUCCCCUGUCUCGCCCCUCCGGGCCAGGCCACUGUCUCCCCAUCUUGUAGCUAGGGACAGCUAGGGGUACAACAGGGACGGUAGCUGCAGAGGCUGUGUGCCAUUUGCACUUCAGGAAAGAGGCCUGGGGGCUGAGCUCUGCUGUGCGCCUUCUGUCUGGCUCAUGGUCUCACAGAGCCGUCCCAGGCCUGUCAGAGGAGGCUCCGUGGAGCUUGAGACCAAAAAUAAAAUGCUGGAGAAGUGACUGAAGACCUGGCCUCAGUGUGUUUUGUGCUGGGAUUUGCAGCGAUGGACAGGGCCUGCCCUCGUCCCUCUGUGGUCUCCUGCUUCCUCCUAUCUGGGUUCUGGCUCCUUAGGAAGAGGGAGCAGUUCCAAGGCAAGGGUGGGCCAGGAUGUUCCAGGAACACCAAGGAGGCUGAGUUGCUGGAGCCAAGGGAGGAUCAGAGAGGUGAGGGGAGGUCACAUGGCAGGAGGUCCUCAAGGCCCCAGCAAGGAUGUGGUUUUAACACCCAGCUCCCAUGGAACAUAGUGGAGGGUUUGGAGCAGAGGAACAGCAAAAUGUGACUUUUGAAAGGUCCCUCUGGCUGUUGAGCUGGAAUGAGGCAGGUGUGGGCGAGAGGAGGGGGGGCAGAUACCCCUGUGGCAGCCGAGAGGGAAGCUCGCCCCAGGAUGAGUGGGAGGCCUCACUGGCUACACUCUGAAGGUGGAGCCCAAGGUGGCUGUGGGGUUCUGGCCGCUGGAAGGAGGGAGUUGCCCAGUGUAUCAGUGAGAUGCGGAAGGCUGUUGAGUGGAGCAGGUUUGGGGGUGACCUGCACCCAGGUUUUGGGCCUUCACACACCCUCUCAGGCACACCUGCUCCCAGGCACUGGCUCCCAGCUGGAAUGGCCCAGCAACAGUGCGCCGUACCCCUGUGGUUGUACAGCUCUCACCUCUCCCCAUAGUGUCUCGGCUCCUCCCUGGGCAGGGGCCAACCUUUGGCACAGCCUCCUUGGCAUCUUUACCCCACUGGCCCCACGGGGGUGCUGGCUUCCUCAGGGGCUGCCCAAGGGGCCAGGUUACAUAAAGAAAUAGGAGGCAGGGAGCAACCAGCAGAGAAGUCACUGCUCUUUCCUCCUACAGAUGGACGUCCCCAGCACAGGGCUUGUCUCUGGCCUUUCCCGGGUCACCUGUGCGCUGGGAACCAGCAAAGUUGUGGUCAGCUCAGGAGCACGCCGUCCAUGUUUGCUCUCCCUCCUUCCCUGCCUCACUUUCCUUUUUCCCUAACUCUGGCUUCCCCAAAGUUUCACCUCCCAAUAAAACUCUUUAACUUUG